UAACUCCAACAAUAACAAGUUUAGCUCAGCCUCACACUGACUGUGCAGUUCUGUCUACCUUACUGCUGUGUCUACACCUUUCUUGACUUGUGUGUCGACCUUGGUACUGUAUCGACGUCUCUCCACUUCCGUCGACUUCGGUGUUGUCUACAUCCUUGUCUCUGCUUCACCAUCACUGCCAAAUAAGCUUUAUUUACGUCACAGAAAGCUUCCCUUCUUACCUUAUCUGGUGUACACCCUUGCUUGCACUGCUCUACAUCAGCUUAUUUCACGGCUUUGGGCUUUGUACGGCUGUCUCUACCCGGCUUUUGGGCUUAGCUAUUAUUUUUUUUUGGCGGUUAGAAGUGGUUAACUAAAAAAAAAGCAUUAUGUCGCGCCAAGCAGGGCAAAAUUUCAACAAGUUUGUCCACUGGGGAAGAAAUGUUGUUGCAGUGGGCAGGAACUACAGAGAUCACUGUGCAGAGCUAGGACAUGCUGUUCCAACAAAGCCUUUAUUGUUUAUGAAACCACCGUCAUCAUACCUAGAAGAGGGCUCUGGUCCUAUAGUGAUACCGCGAGGAUGUAGGAGCUGUCACCACGAAGUAGAAUUGGGAGUAGUGAUUGGUUCAGUGUGUGGGGACGUGCACGAGGACGAUGUCAUGCCACGCGUUGCUGGAUAUGCUCUUGCGCUGGACAUGACUGCACGCGAUUUCCAGGAGGAGGCCAAGAAGUCAGGGGGUCCAUGGACGAUGGCUAAAUGCUUUGACACGGCACUUCCAGUGUCUAGAUUUAUUUCUGCCAAGGAACUGAGUGAUCCGAGUGGGGUGAAGCUUUGGUGCAAGGUAAACGAAGAGAUGCGACAGAAUGGCAGCACAGCAGAUAUGGUUUUCAAUAUACCCUACCUCAUUUCAUACAUCUCUCAGUAUUUCACUCUACAUCCAGGAGAUUUGGUUUUGACAGGUACACCUGCAGGUGUUGGCCCGGUACAUCCUGGGGAUGUUAUAUCUGCGGGCCUGGGAGACCUUAUUACAAUGAAGUUUACUGUUGCCCAGAAGGAAUAAUAAGGUAUAAUGACCUGUUUGUACCUUGUAUAUAAUAAUGUUCGGUAUAGAGAGCCACUAAGAAGAAUACAAAGUCACAAUACCGUGGCUGGAACAGGUCACCAAAAACUCGCACCCAGAACUUUAUGACGACGUUUCACUCCCUCCUGAAGUAAUGUCUAGUCAAAAAGUUCCUCUGCAGUGCGAGUUUUCAGUGAACUUCAGUUUACAAAUAAUCAACGUUCUUCGUUUUUCAACUUAUAAAACGCCUGUUUAAAUAGAAAACGAUAGCAAAAGCUUAUAAAACACCUGUUUAAAUAGAAAACGAUAGCAAAAGCUUAUAAAACAUCUGUUUAAAUAGAAAACGAUAGCAAAAGCUUAUAAAACACCUGUUUAAAUGUUGUUAGGUAAGACACAUAUGCAAUAGUUAGGUAUCUUUAUUUCGAAACGUUUCGCCUACACAG